CGGCGGCUGUGAUAGUGGCGGCGGCAGGGUGUCCGGGAGGCAGCAGCAGCAACGGCAGCGGCAGCGGCGGCCGUGAGGAGAGUGAGGCAGCCCCGUCGGCAGCCGCCCGCGCGUCAGGCAGAACCUCAAGCUGUCCGGCGGGCGCCGGCGCUGAGGCAUUUGCCGUUUCCUACCGGGCUCGGCGCUCCCGGCCCUGGCUGGGCAGGGCAGAGUGCCCCUGGGGAGGGGCGGAGCCGUAGAUAUGGCAUAAGAUAUUUCUUCAAGAUUGGACAGCUGGUGACCUGCUAUUUUUGAUAGCCUUAAGCUGACUUUAUAGCCAUAGAGAAACCUCACGGAAUUACGUUGUUGUUUUUUGCUUUACACCAUUUCUGGCACCUAAGUUCAUCCUGCAACCAUGUAUGGAAGUGCUCGAUCAGUAGGGAAAGUGGAACCAAGCAGCCAGAGCCCUGGGCGAUCUCCUCGGCUUCCACGGUCCCCUCGCUUAGGUCAUCGGCGAACAAAUAGUACAGGAGGGAGUUCUGGAAACAGUGUUGGAGGUGGCAGUGGGAAAACCCUGUCAAUGGAGAACAUACAGUCCUUAAAUGCUGCCUAUGCUACAUCUGGCCCCAUGUACCUAAGUGACCAUGAAAACGUGGGUUCAGAAACACCUAAAAGCACCAUGACACUGGGUCGUUCUGGGGGACGCCUGCCUUAUGGUGUUAGGAUGACUGCUAUGGGCAGUAGCCCCAAUAUAGCAAGCAGUGGGGUUGCUAGUGAUACCAUAGCAUUUGGAGACCAUCACCUCCCUCCUGUUAGUAUGGCGUCCACCGUACCUCACUCUCUUCGUCAGGCAAGAGAUAACACCAUCAUGGAUCUGCAGACACAGCUGAAGGAAGUACUAAGAGAAAAUGAUCUUUUGAGGAAGGAUGUGGAAGUAAAGGAAAGCAAAUUAAGUUCUUCGAUGAAUAGCAUCAAAACCUUCUGGAGCCCAGAGCUGAAGAAAGAGCGAGCCUUGAGAAAAGAUGAAGCUUCCAAAAUCACCAUUUGGAAGGAACAGUUCCGAGUUGUGAAGGAAGAAAACCAGCACAUGCAGAUGACGAUCCAGGCUCUCCAGGAUGAGUUGCGGAUUCAGAGGGACUUGAAUCAGCUGUUUCAGCAGGAUAGUAGCAGUAGGACUGGAGAGCCUUGUGUGGCAGAGCUGACAGAGGAGAAUUUCCAGAGGCUGCACACUGAGCACGAGCGGCAAGCCAAAGAGCUGUUUCUUCUGCGGAAGACCCUGGAAGAAAUGGAGCUGCGAAUUGAGACUCAAAAGCAAACCCUGAGUGCUCGGGAUGAGUCCAUUAAGAAGCUUCUGGAGAUGUUACAGAGCAAAGGGCUUUCUGCCAAAGCUACAGAGGAAGACCAUGAAAGAACGAGACGGCUGGCAGAGGCAGAGAUGCACGUCCACCACCUAGAAAGUCUUUUGGAGCAAAAGGAAAAAGAGAAUAAUAUGUUGAGAGAGGAGAUGCACCGGAGAUUUGAGAAUGCCCCCGAUUCUGCCAAAACAAAAGCCUUGCAAACCGUCAUUGAGAUGAAGGAUUCAAAAAUUUCUUCCAUGGAGCGUGGACUCCGAGACCUGGAAGAGGAAAUUCAGAUGCUGAAAUCAAAUGGGGCUUUGAGCACUGAAGAGCGAGAGGAGGAAAUGAAACAGAUGGAGGUGUAUAGGAGCCACUCUAAAUUCAUGAAGAAUAAGAUUGGCCAGGUGAAACAAGAGUUGUCCAGAAAGGACACUGAACUGCUAGCCUUACAAACCAAGCUAGAAACUCUCACAAACCAGUUCUCAGAUAGUAAGCAACACAUCGAGGUGCUAAAGGAGUCCCUCACUGCUAAGGAACAAAGGGCUGCCAUCCUGCAGACUGAGGUGGAUGCUCUUCGAUUGCGUUUAGAAGAAAAGGAGACUAUGCUAAAUAAAAAAACCAAACAAAUUCAAGAUAUGGCUGAGGAGAAGGGUACACAAGCUGGAGAGAUACAUGACCUGAAGGACAUGCUGGACGUGAAGGAACGGAAGGUCAAUGUUCUUCAGAAAAAGAUUGAAAAUCUCCAGGAACAACUGAGAGAUAAAGAAAAGCAGAUGAGCAGUUUGAAAGAGCGAGUCAAGUCUCUGCAGGCGGACACCACCAACACAGACACAGCGCUAACGACCUUGGAGGAGGCUCUUGCAGAGAAAGAACGGACAAUUGAACGCUUAAAGGAGCAGCGGGACAGAGAUGAGCGCGAGAAGCAAGAAGAGAUUGAUACCUACAAGAAAGAUCUUAAAGACUUGAAAGAAAAAGUCAGCCUGUUGCAAGGAGACCUCUCCGAGAAGGAGGCUUCUCUCUUGGAUCUCAAAGAGCAUGCUUCUUCCCUGGCUUCCUCAGGACUGAAAAAGGACUCACGACUCAAGACCCUUGAAAUUGCUCUUGAACAGAAGAAGGAAGAGUGCCUGAAAAUGGAGUCACAGCUGAAGAAGGCACAUGAAGCAACACUGGAAGCCAGAGCCAGUCCAGAAAUGAAUGACCGAAUACAGCAAUUGGAGAGAGAGAUUACCAGGUACAAAGAUGAAUCUAGCAAGGCCCAGACUGAAGUUGAUCGCCUCUUGGAAAUCUUGAAAGAAGUGGAAAAUGAGAAGAAUGACAAAGAUAAGAAGAUAGCUGAGUUAGAAAGUCUCACUUCAAGGCAAGUGAAAGACCAGAAUAAGAAGGUAGCAAAUCUGAAGCACAAGGAGCAGGUGGAGAAGAAGAAGAGUGCACAGAUGCUGGAGGAAGCCCGGAGAAGGGAGGACAGUCUCAGCGACAGCUCUCAGCAGCUGCAGGACAGUCUCCGUAAGAAGGAUAACAGGAUUGAAGAGCUGGAAGAAGCACUGAGAGAAAGUGUACAGAUAACUGCAGAGCGUGAAAUGGUGCUGGCACAAGAGGAAUCAGCCAGGACCAGUGCUGAGAAACAGGUGGAAGAACUGUUGAUGGCCAUGGAGAAGGUGAAGCAGGAACUGGAGUCCAUGAAAGCUAAACUGUCCUCCACUCAACAGUCCCUAGCAGAGAAGGAGACACACCUCACCAAUCUCCGGGCAGAGAGGAGGAAGCACUUAGAGGAAGUUCUGGAAAUGAAGCAAGAAGCUCUUCUGGCUGCUAUUAGUGAAAAGGAUGCUAAUAUAGCUCUUCUAGAGCUUUCAUCCUCUAAGAAAAAGACCCAAGAAGAAGUGGCUGCACUGAAACGGGAAAAGGACCGCCUGGUGCAGCAGCUCAAACAACAGACACAAAAUCGGAUGAAACUAAUGGCUGACAAUUAUGAAGAUGACCACUUCAAAGCCUCCCGUUCCAAUCAGACGAACCACAAACCCUCCCCAGACCAGAUCAUCCAGUCCCUCUUAGAACUUGACCAAAAUAGAAGCAAGUUAAAGUUGUAUAUUGGACACCUGACAGCCCUCUGCCAUGACCGAGACCCCUUAAUCCUUCGUGGACUCACUCCACCAGCUUCUUAUAAUGCAGAUGAUGACCAGGCAGCUUGGGAGAAUGAGCUGCAGAAGAUGACCCAGGAGCAGCUUCAGAGUGAGCUGGAGAAAGUUGAAGGGGACAAUGCAGAACUGCAGGAGUUCGCCAACACCAUCCUCCAGCAGAUAGCCGACCACUGCCCUGACAUCCUUGAGCAAGUCGUCAGUGCCCUGGAAGAGUCCUCCUGACGUGCUCCAAGGAGGCUGACCAAGGAGCUAGGAAGGAGAAUGUGAGGGACUUCAGUGCCGGAGCCACCUCCACACCAGACCCUGCCAGCUAGAUGUGCGAGUCCAGCCCGUUUGUCUCUCAUCGCACUCUGCCUUCUACUUUAAUGUUGUCUCUGCGCAAGUCUCCUUGGUCUCCGUGAAGAACUGCCCUGUCAUCAGCAGAAGGGAGCUGGGGAGGCUGGCAGCUCUGCCCUUCCCAGAACAGGAAACAAGAAGCCCACUCGCCUCGUCUGGAGUUCUGUGCUUUCAAAGCUUGCUGCUGAAGCCUUAGGAUGAGUCCUUCCUGCUCAGAGGGUAGUGAAGGAGGGAGCAGUGGCCAGGGACAAAGAGAGGGUGCCGCCCUCGUGUUUACCAGCCUUGCUGUCAUGACCAUCAGAUGGAGGCAGGCCUCUCUGUGAGCCCUGGCCUGUUGCCUGUCUCACGUGUGCUGCUCUGAGCUGGCGGGAGGAUGAUGUCCACAGUGGUCACCCACUCGCUCUUGUUAACCUUCCCACACUUGACUGUCAGGUCAGUCUAACCUGAUGAGAAGAGGCUUUAACAUGAAGGGCCCUGUUGUCACUGCUCGCAGCUUUGCUCCUCCAGAGACGAUGUCCCAUAGGGCCAUGCCGAUCCUCCUGAACAUUGCCUACAGUGCUGUCUGUCCCUCCACCUUGCCCCAAGCUACUUAGAACAGGGUUGCUAGAGCGUGCGAUCCCUGCCACCUUCCCAGUCUACUCUUCAGUACAUCCUCAGGGUCAUAGCCUCAUGCCCUGCCUAGAAACUGCUUUUGACACAACCAAGUUUGUCUUCUCUCAUUAACAUUCCUCCCUUCCUCCCUCCAUUCAUUCAUCCAUUCAUUCAUUCAGAAAGUAUUAUGAAAUGUCUGCUGUGUGCACACAGCGUGCAAGGCUGUAUUUUCCACCUUUGAAAAAGCCUCUGAUGGGGAGUGGUGUGGGGACCCUGAGACAUGCUCAGUUGAGCCGUAGCAGUGAAAGCAUAGCUUCUCCCUCCAGCUUCCUGACUGGUAGUCUUUGUUUCCCACCGUAGAGUCCUCAGUGGGCUGGGCUGGCUGAGCCCCUCUUUGCCUGCGAGGUCCCGUGUGGCAGUUGAGGAUCAUUGCUGUCAGUGUUGUCACCUUGAGAGGUGUUCUGUGUAGGGGGCUGUACUGACCAUUUGUGUUAGCUGACUGCUUCACCCGUGCAUGCACACCCCAUGGACGCGGCAGCACCAUGCUGCAGCCAGGUGCAGAGGACAGUGCCGUAAGAUAAUCGGCCUGAGAAUAGACAGCGUAGCAGGCAUCCAGCCCUGCGUGCUCUGAAGCAGACACCUAAAGAUGCCCCACCAGCUGCCUCCUCUCUGCCCAGCUACACUCUCAGGAUUUAAUGCUGCCUGUAAGUCCCUCGCAGCCCUCCACCCGGGACCUCACGCAGCUGCCGCUACAGUCACUUCCCCGUUCCCCUUCUUCCCUGCCAUACAGUGUUCACUUGUGUGAGACGCCGAGGUCUGAGUGGACUCUGCCAGGAGCCAGAGUGAUGAUCGCUGCUGCUCAGUUCUUUUUAAUUGUCCCAUCCGUAAAUCCCAUAGAUGACACCGUAUUUCAGGAUACGAUUUUACACCCAUAACAACUGGAACCACCACCUAGUAACAACUUCACCAGUUAUGGUAGAAUCCAGAAAACAGUCCCGGUCCACAGGCGCAGCCUGGAGCUGACACUGGCCAGCUGUGGGGGACCACCCCCAGACAGACUCUUGCUGUACCCACUUGGUCUUUGUCUGCCACUCUUUACCUGCUUCCUUCUUUCUAUUUUACAACUUUUCUCCACCAGGUCCCUCCAGAGAGGCUGCAGGAAGGCAAAUUUGUAGGACAGACAUUAUCUGAUCUCUGCAUAGCAAAGGGGUCUCCUCCUCAGGUGGUAAUCCCUUGACUCAAAGGGUUCUGGAGACUGUGGAGCUUUUGUGGUAGGCGAGGCUAAUAGGUUAUCUGGCAUUCAGAUCUUGCUGACUUUUCGUCAUUCACUUAGUCAGAAUUCACUAAAUGCCUAGCUGCCAUUGCCCUAAGAUGUCAUCCCGUGACGGUCUGCAUGCAUUUAGGGUCCUCAAGACAUCUGGCCUUGAGAGCUCACUGCAGGCUGGCUAGGACCGUCCCCAUCACCUCCAUCCACUGUCAAGCCUCAUACCCUUUGCACCUAACAGUUCUACCCCAAAUGAAGGCCAUCAUGAAGAUGCAGUAAGAAAAUGAGGGCUGGAACCCAGCAUGGGGCUCCUACUAAAGCAGCAGCAUAUGAGCCCUGCAUCCCAGGUCUUCAGUGAGUGACUGACUGGUGGCACAUCUGAAUGGGAUUAGCAACGACUUAAAGAUCGUUAGAGAUGGACAAGUCUGAGUGGGCUUCAGCAACCAGAAAUGUGGAGAGCAUCCUCCAGUUCCUGUCAGCCUUGUUUCUCAUGCAUCUUCCUGAGGCCUGAGCGUGCCUCUUCCUCACCUGUGGGCCUCAGGAAGAUGCAAGUUCUAGGAAAGCAGACUGGGCUGUGACGACUGUGACAGGCCACAUCCCAUCCAUCUGUUUGGCCUCCUAGGAAGAAUAUGUUGGCUGACUUUCUCCCUCGGGAGAGAUGACGUCAGUGCAGAUGGUUCUCACGUGCUACCGUCCUGCCCCUCCACUGCUGACACUGGAUUGGUUUGGCAUCACACCCUCCUGUGUGACUGAAGCACAGGCCCACUGGCCUCCCUCCAGGUCUUUGAAGAAGGGCAAAGCAAGGAUAUGUCGCUAGUGGAAUGUGACACCCAGCAGACCCCAUGUCAGCAGUGCCGGUGACUCUCAAGCCUGCCUCCCCAGCCUCCCCUCCUGCCUGCAGAGUCCAGAGCCCAGGAAAGGAAGCAAGUAGGAUGAGCUGCACCACAGGCCUGCCGGGCACCCGCCGUCACUGCCAGUCUCGGAGCUUUGGACCGGUCCAAGGCAUGUUCCCUCCUGUGAACCACGAGGAUAUCCAGGGAAGAAGAAAGCACACGUGACCUGGGGAUCCUUCUGAACAAAAUGGCUGUCUGUACUCUUUCCAAACUUUUAGUGUCAAAAUUGUAACCAAGUGUCUCCUGAUUCUUCCCACUGUGUUUGGCAAGUGCUGUGACCCUAUUGUAGGUACUUCUCCUCCUGCCUCUUUUGAGGGAGAAGUGAUUUUAGGGGUUGAUUUGGGGGAGCGGGUUAUCUGUCCCAUCCCGCCACCUCUUUUGUUUCUCUGCUUGUUGAUAUUGUCUGUGUGAUUCAGAGAACUGGGGCAGUUACAUUGUGUCCAUUGUUGAGAAUAUUAAAAUAUUAAAAAGUAGUUAUAGAACUGAAAAAUUAAGGAGCUGUGUUUUUAAAAAUGCAAACCCAUAAAUAAUCAUGUUAACGAAGGAAUUCAAGCUAUGGGCAGCCUAGCUCCUCCCACUCCAGGUUGGCGAGGUGGUAGCCAGGCCAGCCCCUAGGAAAUACACUGACCACACUUGAGGUAGGUGACUACCUGGAACAGGAACAAGAGACACCCACUCAGUGGAGAAAUGAAAAUCUGGGGCUCCAAGACUCUCAGUCACGUCAGGGUUUUCUGUAUAUCCUCAGGACCUCUGGGUAGAGUUUUCAGCGUUGUUGAGGGUGACCUGAGGAUCACCCUCCCCUCACAUGGGAUCAAGCCUUGUGUGCCUAGUGCUGUGUGGUAACCUGGGCUUGGGCCUGCUUGCCAGACCACAGGGCCUUUUCCUGCCCACUUGGUGCUAUUUCAUUGUGGCCAUCCCACAGGGCAGCCUAGUCUCCAGAGCCUGCAGGCCAGUGCCAUGGAUGGCCCUCAGAGCCUGGCUCUCUCUGGCUUCAGAUCCUCGAUUCUUCUCUUUGAAGCUUUUUAGACUCAAACCCCCUUGACUCCAGAGAUGCCAGAGUCAAGAAAGGAAGUGAGCCAGGCUGAGGCAAGGAGAUCCACCCUCUGCCACAGUGAGCACACCAGCCAGGCCCCUCUUCCCUGCCACACCAGUAUUAAUCCAUCCUUGAACGCAUCUGGGCCCGCCUGAGGCACAUGCCAGCCAUUGCGUCGGCUGCCCAGUGCAGACCAGAAACCUGUCUUGUGUAGCAGGCUGUCCCAGGAUGGGGAAUUUGGCUUUGUUCUGCACCCUUGAAGCCUUCAGAAGAGGCAUGUUGCACUUUAGUGGGGAGCCCAGAACACUGGGCACUGGCUUCCUGUAGCUUGAGUCCCUGUAGGUAGCAGUGGUGGCAGCCUGGUGGCUUGUGUGAAACAGCUGCAGCUGCUGCCUUCAACUGUGCACAUGCGUGCAGUUACUAGCGUCGAAUUGCCGGCCUGAUGAUGACAUUACAAAGACAUUGUGUUCUGUUCAAUUUUGCCUUGGUAAUUAUUGUAAACACUCUGUUUGAUUUUUUUCUUUUUUAUUCACGAACUAAAUCCAUCAGGAAAUUAUAAACUUA